GUUACCGUAAUCUACUCAACCCUCGCCUCCUAUCAUUCCUGGGCCUCGUUAAUUGUCGCUAAGGACCUUAGUCCUAACCAUCGGUCGGCGAAUAUAGUUUGUUCUUCAUUGAUCGUCGCUCAACUCCUUUAGACUCAUCAAUGGUUGAUGAGCAACUUUGCCAUCGAUGUUCUUCACUCAGCCCCUUGGCUCUCUAAAAUCGCCGAAACACAAGAAAACAUGAUAGAGUUGCUUUGGACAUGGAUUUCAAUGGCAAAUCUCAAGGAGCAAAUUGGCAAGAGCAAAUUGGCGAGCGCAAGAAGGAUAGGUAGAGUUUCAGACGAAUUUUCCGGGGGUUGAAUUUCUCUUUUACCAUACUACAGCAGCUCGCCCUCCUCCGGAACCACCUCCAUGCAGGGUAGCAAUUUGGGGAAACUUUUUAUUUUCGUAUUAUUUUCCUUUCGCAGUACUUAUUUUUAUUUCAGUUCAAGCGGGUAUGGUUGGAGUAUUUUGAUUUUUGAUAAACUUUUGAUAGGCAGUGUUUCAUUUUCGGUCGUUUUAGGCUUCUUCUUGCCUGUUCUUUGUCUAGCGAGUCAGGUUGCUUUGUAUGGGUUGCUGACUCUAAGUUAUCAUAGGGCUUAUGAUCGGAUAUGUAAUUGUUGUCUGGAUUUUGUCUUGCAUGUUUGCUCUAUAUUAAUGAAAAGUCAUUUUG